AUGGUGAGACUGUACCAAGAUGACGAUGUACAGCAGGCGCAUCUCGACGUCUUUCUUCAGGCCCGAUCGGUGCCCGCGCCGUGUUUACCCCCAGGACUGUCGGAAGCGCAGUUCAGUGACGUAAUCCGGGAAUUGAAAUCUAUCGUCGGAGAAGCCAACAUCCAUACGGGCCAGAGUCUGCUGCACUUCUCUGACCCGUUCGCCUUCCACCAGGACAAGUUUCCGUCCGCAGCCGUCUGUCCGAAGUCGGUUGAGGAGAUCACCCGGGUCCUGGCGCUAGCCAAUGCCAGGCACUUCCCGUUGUGGACGGUUUCGAGAGGGAAGAACCUUGGAUAUGGCGGACCAUCGCCCCGUGUGGCGGGGUCUGUCGUCCUAUCGCUGCAUCGCAUGGACUGCAUCCUGGAGGUCAACGAAAGAAGCUCGCACGCGGUCGUCGAGCCCGGAGUGACGUUCCUUGACCUAUACAACCACUGCCGUGCGGCAAAGCUCGCCGUCUGGCCGAGCGUACCGGCCAUCGCAUGGGGCAGCGUUCUGGGCAACACGUUGGACCGCGGGUUUGGCUACACGGCGCUCGGUGACCAUCACAACCACAUCUGCGGAAUGGAGGUCGUGCUACCAGAUGGCGACAUCGUCCGCACCGGCCAGUGGGCUGUCGAUGGCUCCCCCAGCGCCUUUGCCUGCAAGUCACAGUUCGGCCCGCAGGUGGACGGCUUGUUCCUGCAGAGCAACCUCGGCGUGGUCACCAAGCUCGGCAUACGGCUCCAGUCCCAGCCUGAGGCCACAAUGGCUGUCAGUCUCGAAAUGCCCGAGCUGGACGACCUUGGCUCUUUGAUCGAGGUCUUGGGGCAGCUGCGGCGGGACGACGUGCUCCAGAACGACCCCUCCAUCUACGACGUCUCCCGAAGAAUCAGCCAGCUGGGCCCCCGCCACGCCGUGUACCAGGGCCCCGGCGCGCUGCCAGACGCGCUCGUGGCCGACCUGAUAGCAAAGCACGGCUGGCACUACUGGAAGGCGUGGUUCAGCUUCUACGGCACCAAGGCGGCCAUCGAAGCGCGGCUGGCAGCCACCGAGGCCGCCCUGGCGCGCCUAGCAAACCCAAGCACAGCACGUCUGACGCACCGGCUCUUCGAGGGCUCCGGCCCCGGCUCCCGCGUCGACGCGGCAUCCAUCCCGGACGAGUGGCAGCCGAUGAACGCCGGCGUCCCGACCAUCAAGUUCGCGUCCACGCUCAACUACAACACCGCGCCGGGCGGCCACGGCGGCCACGUCGACUUCUCGCCCAUCCUGCCGUACGACGGCGCCCUGGCGCUGCGCUGGUACCGCGACGCCGUCGUCCUGUGCCGCAGCUUCGGCUUCGACAGUUUCCUGUGCGUCCACGCCUUUCGGAGCCACGCCGUCUUCGUCCACAUGCUUCUCUUCGACCGCACCAAUCCCGAGCACGUGGUCGCUGCGGAUGCGCUCUGGCAUGCUCUGGCUGACAAGGCGCGUGAGUACGGGUUUGCGAAGUAUCGCACCCAUCUCGACUACAUGGACGCUGUUCAAGACUCGUACGAUUUCAACGGCAAUGCUUACAGACGGUUUGUCGAGACCUUGAAGGACGCGCUCGAUCCCAACGGCAUCCUGUCACCCGGAAAGUCCGGUAUCUGGCCAAAGGGAUAUCGCGACGAGAGACAAAAGGCAGGGGCGCAAGACGAGUGA